AUGAAUGAAUAUGAGCUUUGUGGCAAGGUGUUUGUUUAUGAUACGAAUUGUGAUCUUAAGGCCUACUCGAAUUUAGUGGAAAGCAAUGUGAAUAUAGUGUAUAUUGGAGGCCUAGGAGCAAAUAUGACGGUGGAUAUGUUUACGGUCUCUCUUGAAAAGCACUGCACAAACAACGGUUAUAGACUUAUUAUUCCACAGCUAAGAUCACAUCCACAUUUUGGAUUAUUUACGAUUGAUGAUGAUGCGCAAGACCUGAAUGAAUUACUCAUGAAGAUUGAGAGUGAUGUGGUUCUUGUGGGAAAUUCAACAGGAUGUCAGGACAUUCUUCAUUAUUUGAAAGUGUUUGGGAAUUCAAGCGUCAAGCUUGCUGUUUUGCAAGGAGCGGUCAGUGAUGUGGAGUAUGAGGAACAUAUAAUGAACGAUCUUGAUAAGUAUAUUGUCCAGGUACGUGAUAUGAGCAGUGAUGCAAUCAUUAAAUACAGAGGUAUGUAUAUAAAAGUGCAGAGAUUCAUGGAUCUAUUCUGCAGGUAUGGGAAGGAGGAUAUGUUUUCAAGCUACUUGCCAGAUGAUUUUUUUAUGAAUCUGAAUGUCACAAAUACUAGGGUUUUAUUUGUUGUUUCUGGUAAUGACGAAUACGGUGUAUGCGACAUAUUACCAAAGCUGAAGCUUGUAGGUAAUUCCUCAACGGUGUGUAUACCUGAGGGCACGCAUAUUCUUUGCACUGACAGAGAUAUAUCAUUAUUCCUUGGACAUCUUGAUAAAGAAAUAACCAGGACUUUGAACACAGAAUCAGUUUAG